AUGUAUGACGAAUCAGAAACCGCCAACGAUAACCGGUUCUACUACGUCGGCGAUUUGUCCCGACUUAAAAAACCGUGGCUAGAGGAGGCGGACUAUAUUCCGACGGUGAUAAUCUACGGAAUAGCAUUUAUUGUAGGUGUGAUUGGAAACGGAUUAGUGAUAUGUGCCAUUGUUGGAGAUAUCAAACACCGAACAAAUACAACAAUAUUUUUGCUGAGUUUAGCGACUUCGGAUGUACUGUUUUUGGUAGUGUGUGUGCCAUAUGAGUUGAGUCGACAUUUUAUUGACCAUUGGCAACUGGGCUCGUUUUUGUGCAAGUUAUCUGGCUUCAUAGAGAUGUUGACUGCUGUGCUAACUGUCCUAAACCUUACGAUUGUUAGUAUGGAAAGGUAUGUGGCUAUCGUGCACCCAAUGAGGUCCCGGUAUUACUGCACGUUCGGAAACAUGCGGCGCAUUAUACCGCUGGUAUGGCUGCUGGCCACUCUGCUGUCUUCUCCGGCUUUCCUCAUCAUGUCAACAGAGUUGUCCGUAUUCUACAACAAUCAAUCCAGUGUGGACAUGAUGUUCUGCUCGGACCAUGGCGUUGCUGAUGCCUACCGGUUGGCUUUUGCGUGCUAUCAAUUCUUGAUCAUGUUCAUGGCACCCGCGAUCAUCAUGAUAGUUUGCUACUCUCGCGUCAUCCAUGUUCUGUGGAUCAGCACUAAACAAUUGGUCAAAAUUACUCCUCCAGACAGAGCGUGUGAUGCAUUGUUUCUCACAAGGAUUGAGACUUGUAGCCUUGGAAUGAACAGCCCUGCUGUACCCAGACUCCUAAAGCGAGCCAUCAUUAGCCAUAAAUCUAAAGUUCUAGCUAGCAGACGUCAGGUAAUUAAACUGUUGCUGAUUAUCGUUGUGGCGUUCUUGCUUAGUUGGGGCCCAAAACUGACGCUAAGAAUUAUCCAAAAGCUUCGGUUAGAUAUAUUAUUUUCGGAAUCUGCAUAUGCCAUCAAGGUAUUUGUCGACUGGUUGCCUUAUAUUCAGGCUUGCAUCAAUCCAGUAUGUUACUGCUUCAUGUCGAGAAAGUUUCGACGAAGUGUUCGAGUAAUGUUUGCUCGACCCACACGCAGGAGUCUUCAAGAAAGUGCUAAUGGUUACCAGACUGUGACGUCAUCAUCCGACCCACGUAACAAACCAAACCAAACCUACGUACAUCUAGUGUUUCGUGAAGAUUCGUAA